AUGUCUUCCAGCAAAAUUCUUCCAAGGCUCGUCUCUCAGCCUUUCAAGCGCUCACAGUUCGGCCUUUUCCAAGGGAAAAUGAAGCAGGCUGGCAAUAACGUCCCUUUCUCGAAGCAUAAGACGCGUCGGACGUGGCUGCCCAAUGUCCAAAGGAAACGGGUGCCUUCGGAGAUUCUUGGCGGAAACGUGAGGGUGAAGCUGACGACACGGGCGCUGAAAACGAUUCACAAGAAAGGUGGCUUGGACAACUACCUGAAGACAACUGCUCCGGAGCUUUUGGGCCUCGGUGGCAUGAAGCUUAGGACACAAAUGCGGGAAGCGGAGCUGGUACAACAAGGGCGCAAAGUGAAGCAGUACACAGUGCCGACGAUCUCGCGGUUCGAUUCAAUACGAAAGGCCUCUCCGGGGCCAUCGCCUCUGACUCUUCAAACGGCGCGUCUGGCGAGACUGAUGGCGGCUGCGAGUUUGAAUGACGGUGGCUCUGGAUUGGAACCUGCGAGCGUUGAAGACACUAUCGCAUACCUCGAGAAAACGUCCAGCCAAUAA